AUGCAGCUUUCCGCGAGCGAUGUGUUUGGGGGCCUCCCCUACCCCGACUUCCCGCACAUGCUGUUCGCGUGCUUUCCCCUGCUCGUGCUGGUGGUUUGUGUGCACGUGGUCGGAGGAGACUCCGGCGCUCCAGGGGUUUUCGGAGUGUGGAUGGCUGCCGGCUCCGCCUUGCUGCAAAGCACGCUCAAGGGUAUCGCCGCCCUAUUCCGACAAGGCCCUUGGGGAACCUUUAGGGCCGUUAAAGAGACACCCGCGUUGCUGUUGCUGCUGGCUCCACUCAUCGCCUUUUGCGGCUUUCGGCUGCUGCCCCUCCUGCUGUGGAAGGAAGCACUGUCAGCCGCGGACGCCUGUCUCUCCGGCUCGUAUGCUUUCCGCCCCGUAGUUUUGAGGCACGCGUUGCCAGAGCUUGCAGGUGCGGGGGGGUUGGAGCUUGCCGUGGACUGGGCGUUCGCUGCUGCGCAGCAGCUGAACUGGCGCAUCUUGCUGCACACCUACUAUUUCAGCAGCAACAGCGGUGUUAUCUGGCUGCUGGUGGCGCCUCUCGUCUUGUAUUCUGCUGCCUUGCUGCUGCAGCAAGCGCAGCAGCAGCAGCAAAGGCGGCCUGGAGUGCAGGACGCCCCUGCAGCUGCUGCAGGCUUUGCGCUGCAGCUCCUGCUGCUGCUGCCCCUCUUGUCGGGUCUGUUGUUUGUUUUGCUGCUUCAUUUGGCGGAUUACGGGGACGUCUGCAUUGCCGGCUUCUUGCCCCUUCUCUUCUCCCUGAACUUCCUAGUCUUCGCUGCCGAUCCGAAAAUGUCAGUCGGGGGAGGCGCCGAAGGAUGGGGCCCCCUGGCGUCCAUCCGCUGGUUUCUAUCGGUCGUUUGCUUUGGAUUCUUCCUUUUCGAACCCGCAGUGUAUGACAUAUUUCUUUUGACGGCUGCCGCCUGUGCCGCUGCGCUCAUAGCCGCCGCUUCUCGCUGCUCGUGGCAUUCUGCUGCCGCCGCCAUUGCCCUUGCAGUUGCAGCUGGAGCCUCCGCAGCCGUCGUAUGGCUAGUUGAUGCUCAAAGGGUAGGUACACUCGACGCCUGCUGCAGCUGCGUCUGCGUCUCUCUCUCAGACGUUGUGAUCGGCGCGAUUGCGGCUAAGUGCUGUUCCUUCUGGCUGCCCUUUUACCUCUUAGAACCCCACCCUCGCCUCAAGCAAGUUCUCGCUGUUUCCCUUGCAACCUCGCUGUUGGUAGCGAUGGCCUCGAGUGCGACACAAAAAAAAUCCUGGGAUCUCACCGCCUCCCGAAAGAAGCUACACCAAGCUCAGGAGGCGGCUCAGGUGGACUAUGCUGUAGCACCGCAUAGAGGAUGCAAAGGUGUGCCUCUCGAAGCAGAGGAAGGUUGCCACACGUAUUUGAGGACAAGAACUCCACCUGUCACGGCGAAAAGGCUUGCACACAAACGGACGGGGUUAUCCUUCAGCGAUCACAGGCACCCAGGACCUGCUGUUAGCGAAGGGGGGCCCCCUGUGUACAGACUGGGGAGAGGGGCUUUUGUAUAA